AUGUGGACCGUCCCCAACGGGCGCGCCCUGCUCCGCGCCCUGGCCCUGGCCGGCUUCUGGCUGGCCGCGGCCGCGCGCCCGCUGGCCUUUUCGGACGCGGGGCCGCACGUGCACUACGGCUGGGGCGAGCCGGUCCGCCUGCGGCACCUGUACACCGCCAGCCCACACGGGGUCUCCAGCUGCUUCCUACGCAUCCGGCCCGACGGCACAGUGGACGGCGCGCGGGGCCAGAGCGCGCACAGUUUGCUCGAGAUCAAGGCGGUGGCGCUGCGGACCGUGGCCAUCAAGGGCGUGCAGAGCUCCCUGUAUCUUUGCAUGGGCGCCGACGGCCAGCUGCAGGGACUGCCCAGGUACUCGGCAGGCGACUGUGCUUUCCACGAGGAGAUCCGGCCCGACGGCUACAACGUGUACCUCUCCAAGAAGCACGGCCUCCCGGUGUCUCUGAGCAGUGCCAGGCAGAGGCAUCUGUACAAAGGCAGGGGUUUCAUGCCACUGUCCCACUUCCUGCCCAUGCUGCCCAUGAAGCCGGCCGAGGCUGAGGAGCAGGAGGGUGACCUGGAGUCUGUGUUCUCGUCGCCUCUGGAGACCGACAGCAUGGAUCCUUUUGGCAUCGCCUCUAAGCUGGGGCUGGUCAAGAGUCCCAGUUUUCAGGAAUAA